AAUAUGGCCAAAAUUUUCUGUCUUCUAUGGUUCUUUGGUCUGAUUUUAUGCUGCUGUGUGUUCGAAACAGACCUACUAGAAAUCAAGAUGAUCAGCAAUUCUCCCCAAACUUUUGGAACCAAAGUGGAAUUCAAAUGUGAGACUGACUACAUAGAUGCUGGUGUAUUCUGGGUUCUUCAGAAACUGAAUAACAAACUCCAUUUCAUUGCACAUGUUACAUCAAGAUCUAGAGAGAUAAAGGGUAAUCUUGAAGGCUACAAGUCUACAAAAAAUGGCAACUAUUACCAGCUAACUAUUGCCAGUUUUGAGGAGAAACAUGAGGGUACCUAUUUUUGUAUGCGCCAUCGCAAUCAGAUGCUGAGUUUUAGUUCAGGCAUCCUAGUACACCUGCCAGUGAAAACUACUACUGUGCUUCCUACCAUCCCACAGCAAAUUUCAGUCACCACCAAAGAACUGAUAAAAGAAGAAGCUAUGAAAUGUCCCAAUUCUACAGUCAUAGUAACGACAAAUACAAAAAGUACAAUGUUCUCCUGUGAACUUUAUGUAUGGGUUCCCUUAGCUGGUGUUUCUCUUCUUCUGCUGAUAACCCUGAUAAUCGUCAUAUCACUGUGCUGUGGUCCAAGGAGAAGCAGAAGAAAAUGCAAAUGUAUACGGCCAACAAAUGGAACCAAUGGAACUCACAUGAAACCAUUCCAGGGCAAUAAAUAGGAUCCAGUAUGAUCAACAAAGAGAUUCUGAUGUACUUGUAAUAAUUUUCUGUUCAUAUAUUAAGAAUGAAUGUCUUAGAUCAGAUCUUUGAAAUCAUAUGCUGCAUUGUUGUAUUUUAUUAUUUACUCAUAUCAUUUACUCAGAAAGCAGUUUUUCUGUAAAUUAGCAGGUUAUGAAUUUAUUCAUCCAGUUGAACAUAUUGCCGUGUUAUGAAAACAAAGUCAAUAUUGUAGCUUUAAAACAAUAGUUUAGAAACAUGUUAUAAUUUUGUGAUACUUAUGGCUAUAAUUAUGAUGGAAAAAUUACAAAUUCAAGGAACAUUCAAUAGCAUUUGUUUUCUGGGUAGCCAAGUGGAAGGAAAGGGAAGCAUUAUCUUAUCUUUCCUGAUACACGUAGGUACAUAUGUGUAUUAUUCUUGUUGCAGUUGCCUUCUCUCUUUCCACCCUGGGAGUUUUAAUAUUUAGUAACCUGGGAGGGAAGGGCAUAUAAAAAAGUUGCAUUCCCAAAUCUCUAAAAUAGCCUAUAGAAGGACUGAAGGGAGAUAACGUUUUACCACUAACCAGUGUCAGAAUAUAAUUUAUCCUAUUCUAAGAAGGAUUAGAGUAUAUAGAAGAUUUUCUCUAAAUUUAGUUUUAUAGCAUUUCAAGGUAGAACUGGGGAAGACCUUGCCUGAAACUUCAAAGCUAGAUAGAAUAGUGAUUUGACUCAAUACAGAGCAGCUUUUAAAAAUCUGAUGUAAUUGCAAUCAUUCUAUCUAUAGUGGCAGGAAAGAGAAGCAGAUGUUUUCUACCAUCAGUUUUAGCAACCCAUCAUUUUGCCACAAUUCCACAGAUCUGUAAUACUUUCAGAAUGAUAUUGUCUGUAUAUGGCAGAGAACAGUUUAAGUUAACUAUUGUUUUCCUUUGUUCAAGUAUCCAAUAAACUAAGUCAAGAUAAUGUUAAGCACUCAGUACUUCCCAUUUCAUCUUCCAUGCCCAAUAGCAAAAACUGAAGCAAACUUUAUUAAACAAACCAAAUGAAAUCCAUCAAGGCUCCAGGACACAGCAAACAGUACCUUCUGGAAAAAAACAGAUUCUGCAAGCAUAGAGUGAACUCAUGAGGCUACCAGCUUCUUCCAUUCUCGAAGAGGAGCCAAGUUAAUACAAAUGAAUUUUCCAAAAACAGCACAGCUUUUUGAAAUGUAUCACUUUUUGUUCAACAUCAAGUGUUCAAUAGGAAUGCAUGCCAGUCAAAUUAGCGUGUGGUAGAGCUCACAGAAAGAAAAAGAUAAAGUACAUUUCAGUUGCCCAUUUCUUUGCAAUAGGACUUACCACAAUGCUAGGAAAGUAUUUGAUCAUGUUAUCAACAUGAUAGUUUGCUUAUUAAAAAUGAAAACUUACUUUCAUUCUACAGAUAUAUCACAACUGAAAAUGAAAAAGAUCUAUUAGUAACUUCUCAUAUGUAACAGACUAAAUGCACGUGCAUUUAAAUUUAGGCUUGGUAUGUUUCUUCUGUUGGCUCAUGCAUGCUUUUAUUGAGAUCUCCAGAACACCACUGUAACAUCUUAAAUUGUUCUAAUAAAGAUAUUAACC